AUGGCCUUGGACGCAGCCACAUGGAGUACACGCAUACUUGAGGAUUUAUUAUCAGAAGACCUGGUCCAGCAUGGAUUGGUUCACUUGAGACAUAACGCAUAUGUUUUCUGCAUUGUGCAUUCAUACUAUCCAAUUCGGACGAGUGACCCCAUACGGCUCGAAAGCUUCAUGAGCACCGAGCGAAACUGUAGCUACAAAACCCCUGGGAUCUCAAGAAAGAAUUGGGUCUUAGAUUUAUUCUUUCAAUCCCUGGACGAUCAAACGGCUCAAAACUUGCGGCCAGAUAAUGCAGGAACUCCAGCUUCCCCUCUACCAAGUCAUCUCGCAAAAGAGGACCAAAUGCCCAAGUGUCUUUCAUUUGAUAUACCUUGUGACAGUACAUACCAGGCCCUCGAUUCGAACACGGCUGAUAAUGCCAACCAGGCCACCGAAAUUAUAGCUUCGUUGAGCAACAUUGAAGAUGCUCCCACCGGCAUGGAUUGGUUUGAAUUGUUCAACGCCGAAGGAGAUGAUUUAAUCCACCUAACCGGGUCGCUGAGAAACCCGGAAUACCUUAACCCGCAAAAUCUUGCGCUGUUGUAUCGAUUUCUAUGA